AUGACUACAGUAGCUGUGUAUUUAAUUAAACAGAUACCGGAUGAAGAAACAGCUGAAGUUGUCAAAGUUGAAGAAGAAGUACAUUCAGAAGAAUCGGCUGAAGCUACAGAAACGAAAGAGCAUAAAUCUAGUGAAGAAGCAACCGAAAUAGUAAAAGUUGCGGAACCUUCGAAAGAAUUAACUGAAGCUACAGAAGCGGAAGAGUAUAUAUCUGAUGAAGCAACUGAAAUUGUAAAAGCUGAAGAACAAGCACCUUCGGAAGAAUCAACUGAAGCUACAGAAAUUAAAGAGCAUGCAUCCGAUGAAGAAGCAGAAGAAUCGGCUGAAGUCGUACAAGCAGAAGAACAAAUAACAUCAUAA